AUGACAGAAAUAAAUAUUUUGUCUGAUAAUAAAGAAAGUAUUACAAAUGAAAGUGAUACAGAGAAUGAUAUAAUUGAAACAAACCUAAAAGUUGGUGAUAUUUUCAGAGAUUGGGAUGCUGUUGAUAAUGCAGUUAAUAUGUAUGCAAAACGAAAUAGAUUUGUUGUUAUUAAAUUUCAUAAAGACCUUGAUUCUGUUGAUAAAAAUAUUGUUCGUCAUCAUGUUUAUACUAUUGUAAUAGAUCUCACAAUAUUUGACAAUAGUCAUAACCAUGAAUGUGACCCAGUAACUAUAAAUCUAACAUCCAAAAACUCAUGUAUUCCUCAGAAGAUUUUGGUUAAAAUUGAACAUUAUACUAUUAAUGGUCAUUUGGGCACUGGACAACAAUAUGAUCUUCUUGUUAAAGAGUUUCUUCAAUACAUUAUUAAGAAGAAGGGCCUAUAUAAUGCAAUUCAAAAGUUUCGAGAAGUUCAGGUUCAUGAUGAGUUAGAUGCUUUAACAAUGUUUUUGUAUCUUAUGAAGUUAUGCAAUCAUGAUAAUGAUUAUGUAGUUGUUUCAUAUAAUGAUCUAGCAAUGACAGCUGCUAUUCAAAUUGCUUAUUCAAAUACUCGUUACUUGUUAUGCAUGUUCCAUAUAAUAGAAAAUGCAAAAUAUUCUACUGCAAAGGUGUUUACAGCAGGAGUUGAGGCAACUCAACAUGUUGAAGCUAUAAAUGGGAUUCUUAAAAAGCAUCUGGAUCGAAAGAACUUUAUUAAAGAAAUUAGUAAAGCAAUGAUCACAAUUGAUCAGAUUAAGGAAUUUGAUGUUGAAUCUACAGAUUUAGUUGAACAUAUUUAUAACACACCACAAAUUAGGCUACAUGAUCUUUUAUCUGAUAUAAAUAAUGAUGAAAUCCAAGAAAUUUGGGAAGUUUAUUAUAUUGCUACAAUGCUUUCAACUUCAAAGCUACAUUAUAUAGUAAUUCUUAGUGAUUCGACAUCACUUUUCUGGCCAGUUGAAACAACUAAUCAUAUUACGAUUUUUCAAAAAACAAAAACCUAUACUACUAAGUCAUUACAUUAUAUUAAUCAAAUACAAAUUGCAAAUAAUUAUACAUCUACUAUUAAAGAAAAUGUUAAUAAUAAGAUCAAAUUCAGUGCAACGAUGUCAGUGACAAAGAUUAGUAUUCAAUUUGCUGUGGAAGAAGGUGCUACACCAGAACUUACUGGUCUUUUUAUGGAAUUUAUCAUGAAAUAUCAUAGAAAUACUGAAUUGAAUAUAGAAGAAGUUCGUUACUUAAGUGAUAAAACUCAAAAAUCUCCAAACAAAUCAAAUCCAGAAUACUAUAAGCCAAAAAGUCAUCUUCCAAAGCAUUUCAAGUCUUUAACAGAAGAAAAUAAUGUUCAACAUAUAUCUUCAUCUUCCAAAAUCUGUAGUUAUUGUUUUGAAAAAGGUCACAAUAUUAAAGAAUACAAUCAAUAUAAGUCUGAUUUAGCUGAUAAGAAAAAUAAUUAG